GCCUUUUAUUAAGACCUACAACCCGCAACGAGGGUCAAGUUGUCUCAAACCCCUCGCUUGCUCUUUUCCGGACACAUUAAGCACACCACCCUGUUACUUCGGGCGCAAUCAAUGCGGCUACUGGACGUGAAAGGUGUUCUCGACAGAGAAAAAGUCAUCCAAGAAACUGGAGCCCAAAUUAAAAUCUUUGAGAAUCUUCAUGACAGGUCUGAAAAAUAUGCGGUACCGUCACAUCGCUGGGGAAAGGAUGAAGACGAGGUCAAUUAUGAUGAAAUGACUCAGCUCAUGGGGAUGGCUGAGCCUGCCAGGAACGAGAUCAGGCGGCGCGCUGGCUACGAAAAGAUCAUCAAGAGUUGCGAACAGGCCAAGAAGGACGGCUACAGGUGGAUUUGGAUCGAUACGUGUUGCAUCGACAAGCGGAGCGGUGCUGAAUUGUCAGAGGCCAUCAAUUCCAUGUAUCAGUGGUACCAAGAAUCACAGAAAUGUUAUGCGCAUCUCAACGGUGUCUGCGGCACCUUCUUUCCCAGGGAACAAGACUUGAGCAAGUUUGCCAAAGCCAACGGUUGGCCAGAGUGGUUCUCGAGGGGCUGGACUCUCCAAGAACUCAUCGCUCCGAAACAAGUUGAAUUCUUCAACAAAGACUGGGUUCCCAUUGGUGACAAGGGUAGCCUUGCAGAGACAUUGGAGAAAAUUACACGAAUCCCUAUCAACGUUUUGAGGGAUGGAGUGAAUCCGAGGCAUUUCUGCGUUGCGCAGCUCAUGUCUUGGGCAGCAGAUCGGAAGACGACGCGCGUGGAGGACCGGGCGUAUUCCCUGUUGGGACUGUUUGGCGUGGACAUGCCGAAGUUCUACGGGGAGGGCAAAAAAGCAUUCCAGAGGCUGCAACUGGAGAUCAUACAACGAUAUUACUGUGAUCACAGCAUAUUCGCAUGGAAUUCGAAAAGACAAUUUGGCUGGCUUGGCGAUGUCUUGGCCGACGACCCAAGCUACUUUCGGGGUUGUCAUGACGUCGAAAAGGUAGAACUUAAUCAGUUCGUCGACGAAAUAAUGAAUUACCCCCAGAACCGACUCGGCAUCGCCAGGAGCCCAGGCAGGGGCAGCCUCGUAUGUCUGAGGUCUCGAGGGCAUACCUUUCGCCAACAGCUUGCCGUAUUUCCUCUCACCAAUGUCGGCAUUCAAAUUUGCUUGCCCGUCAUACCCCAUCGUGACUCCGAGUCUGUCUUCAGAGCCAUAUUGGCCUGCAGAGACUACUAUGGAAACCUGAUCACCAUCGAUUUCAAAUCUCUUUGACUUGGCUUUUACAGGAUUCCUGCUGCUACGCGCUUCCGACGCUCGCGCCCGGAGCUUAGGACACUCUAUCUUAAUCACCGUCCCACUCAUCAUCCAAACCAUCAUCGAGUCGCUGUGGAGAAGUGCCACCACGUUAGACUUGACGAUAGACACGCUUCGUGCCAUGGUUUCACCCGUCGUGGAACCUUCCCACACGAGUUCACUGGCGAUACUUUCACAUUUGCAUCCCUCACAAAUGAUCUCGUUGUCAUAGUCUA